AUCAGAGCGUCGGUAGACGCUCUAUGUAGGGAUGACACGAGUGAAAUCUCACGUGAUCCGCAUACAAAACGCCUCGAAACUCGGCGAGAAUGGCUAGCUAUGCCUUCAAAACACACCACAAAUCACUCACGGGUCCAUAUCUACCUAUACACAUGCCCAAAAGUUUCAUACGUCCCUGCAAUUCUCGACACGAGAAUCUGCUCAUACGCGAUUUCUGAUUUUCGUGUCAUCAUAUUCUUCAUCUUCUUCUUCUUUAAACCCGCUAUCUCCUUACCAGUACCAGCUGAAGCGCUGAUUUUUUCACUGAACGUCUCCAAUUUCGCCGGAGGUGUGCACGGACAUCAAGCGAUCAUUUCUUUCUUGCCGCAAGUCACUACGGUAGAUCAUGGAGCUCUUCCAUGGUCGACACUGAACAACGCCAUAUUUGCUGCUAACUCAGCAGCAUCAGUGAGCCGGCCGUGCGCAUGCAUGCGCCAGACAGGGGCGCGGCGCGCGUUAGAGCGGACCACGUGGUCCCCCCGUCGUGCGGCCGCUGGUUUUUCACUCGCCUGGGUUUGCUCCCGAAUUUCGGCCUAGCUAUGCGUCUUUUGGUUCCACGGGACGGCCACAAUCUGACGUUGUCACCUUCACGUGACACUCCGUGUCUGUCUUGUCCGCACUGCUGAGUAUUGUGCUGUAGUCGCCACGGUCAAAACUUGGGUUUGUGGCCACAGUUAAUUAUGUUUCAAGGGGUGCCUGACGACUCUCCUUCCAGUUCAACCUUCUGCACCCCCUCGGCCUCUAGCCAGCACUUCUCUGCUGACAGUCGUGGCUGAUAACAAGAACCCACCCUGUUCUUUCAGUCGCAAGGCCCUCCACUGCGCUCUACCACUGCUCUGCUGUCACCACUGCCACCUGGGCUUCUCCAUCCUUUGGGGUUGGACUGCAACUGCACUCUCAAGCUAGACCCUGAACCCUGCAAACUUCUGGCUCCUACUGCCUGCUUGCUACUAGCUAUAUACCCCUGAUUUGGCCUCUACACCUUUCACUUCAGCUGGAAUAGACCUCUCCUAAAGAAAAAACUUUCCUUCACAAUUCACAACAAAGCAUAUUGUACAAUGAAUGUUGGGUUAGUUUUAUGCUUUACUUCAGCUGGGUAGAUGGACCUCUUCAGAAGAGUGAACUCUCCUGCACAACAAAUCACAUGCAUUGUUGAAUAAUAUUUUGUCUCGCAUGCGCCUAUAUACGAGAGGCGCGCGCAAGUGCGCGGAAAUUAUU